GAAACUUAGACGACGAAUGAUUUAAACGAGAUAUGCAACUUAAAAGCUUCUUUAGAAAGUCAAUACUGAGGUAGAUAGAAAGGCAAUAUUGGAACGAAGCCUUUCUUUAUGAUGAAGUAGCUAGUAGUUACUCCAGAUAGCUGAAAACAAGGUAAAAGCGUUGGUAAAACUUAAAUUUUGCUUAAUUUUGCUCAGGAAAACUAACGCAAACCAUGACAUUAUAGUUGAAUCAGUAUAAUGCAGUUCUUAUUUUAUUAAAAUGUUAUAAUUUAUUUUGUAAAUCUUAAACAAUGAAUCUAAAACUGUGUGUAAUCGAGGCUGCAUGUUCAUUGAAAAGUAGAAAAGCAGCUGAAAAAAUGUUUUUGAAUCUUUGUACCUGUAAACUAUGAUAAACAGUUCCUUUUGAUUUCCUUGCUUUGUUUGUCAUAUAAUUAAGAGUUGUGUCGUGUUCUUCACAUUCCAGCUUCUUUUUUGUAUUUAAAUUUGUAUGUUGUGUCACAGCUAAUUGAUCACUGCAAAAUCUUUUAUUUAUCGUUAUGCACAUUUUGGAUUUAUCGCGGCAUAGAUUGGUUAUCACUGAACCUUGGAAUUAGGCCUGGCCUUAUGAAAAUAAGCUGAAGGGCUUUUGUCUACUUAUUUUCAUGUUUAUAAAGAUAAAGCUGUUACUUAACGUAAGUGCUAGAAAUUUUGAUAUCCUAACGCUUGAGAAUAAUGGCGACAGAUUGUCUAUCGAAGUUAUGAAACAAAAUUGUAUUGUGGUAGGAUUGUCAAUGGCGUUUCUCAAAAACCAGAGUUUCACUUUUGUCUUGAUAACCAUAAGCUAAAAAUUCAUUUCACAGCUGUACUGCAUAAUUGUGAUGUUUAUUACAAAAUUUGUUAAGUAUGAUUGCAAAUAUUUCGAAGGAGUAGUGGUUGAAGUUCUGCCUUCAAAACUUAUCUUCCAUUUUGCAGGGAGAUUUGCCUCCAAAAAGAACUUCAAUUGAAUAGGAGAUUCUUUUGUAAAAGAUAAAUGUUUAUCUUCUUUUGGAUAGAUAAGUAAAUUUAGAAAUAAAGUAGGAUUCUCUUAGGUAGUUGUUCGAAAGGUCAACAUUUAAACACUUUUUUCCCGAAAACGUUGUUCGUUUUGAUUAUAUUUCCAGAAUUUGGAAAGGCGUGCAUCGGUAAGUUACCUCAAGUCAGAGUCAUUCUUCUGAAAAAAUUAUGCGUCUAUUUUCAGGACAUCUUUCCUGAAAAGGAAAAUAUUGCUGAGGCCAGAAUGACCUCACAAACGCUGCAGCAAAAAGUGAUAAAGCCUUAAACACUUCCUUGGAAUAAGGAUAGAAACAUGGCGGUUGCGGUUGACCAUGUGACCUCCAUACUCUCUAGGCUCCGUUUUGUGGUUGCUUUUACCAGAGUCUUCACUCCGCAGACUGGUGUGUCCCUUUGAGAGAAUUCUCAAAAUAAUUCAUAGAGUGACAGAUCAUCAGUAUCCAACAAAGGGAUGUGAAAAUUACCAAAAAUUUAUAAAAUCCUCCAGUUCCUAUAAGUAGAACGGAUAGUCUUUCUUUUUAUUCUUUUUAUGAUUGCAUUUCGAUCUUUAUAUUCAUUCUUUCCUUUGUUAUUUCGUCAUUCAUUGAGUUUGGCUCUUCGAUAAAAAUUCCACGUCAGUUAUACAUUGAAUACAACACAAAUCUAAUUGAAAAGAGUUCCCUUGUGUCUUCCUAUUGACAUUUUUACAAUUUAACUUUCUAAACAGCUUCGUGUUUCUUUUUUGAGGCAAUGUCUCCUGACUCCGGUUUAUUUUCGUGUGUAUCUCUUGUAGAGGGUCUGAGGUGACAAAUUAACAAUGAAAGAAGUGUAUUCGCAAGAACAAGGCCCUGAUUCAUGCAGCAAUUAGAAUCAUAAGGCCAAUCAUCAUUUUGAGAAUCACUAUCGAAGUAAGCUUGCCAGAACAAAGAAAUUCGGCUUUGGGUCAAGCCAAGACGGCGUCCUGAGUGAAGGAUUUACCAUGUGUACGCAAUAUGUGUUUUUUCGUGCUCUUUCCACCGAUCGUUGAUACGAGUGUAGGCAGUGAUACGAGUUUAAAUAGUUCAUAAUAUUCCUUUAAAACGACGACACAUCAGCUAGCUGUUCACUAUGGAAUCUACCCAUGUAAAGAAGGAUGUUUUUCAAGUACCAGUUAUUGUGAAAUCACCAGGCCAGGGGUGUAAGAAUCUUGCAGCUGAGGCGAGUAAAGGCAAGGACUCGUUUCGUAUUUGCAAAAUCACCGUAGUUCGACCCAACAAUCUGUUCAUUCCAUCACUUGUGACAAAAAACGAGACCUCUGAUGAGAAUGAAGAUACGGCAGGAGAAGAUUUGCAUUCGAGUUUGAGAACCAAAGUUAAAGUAGAAGCUAAGAUUGGGGAGGAUAGUAUUGUUCAAAAAGUGGUUUCACUUAUGGAUCCAGUUCGACGCCUUCCCCGCUCCAGCGAGUUAAUUCGCAUGGAAAAGCAAAAAUCUCAGUCAAGAGAAAACAUGAGCAGCUCCACAGAUAGUUUGAACGAAGGAAACCAAAAGAAAGCCAGACUGAAGAUUCCAAAGCCUUCAAAAUUGGUUGGAACCAAAUCACGGGGUGAUGAGAAGGACAAAAGACGAAAAGAAGAUACAAACAAUAACAAUGCUCCAAAGAAAACGGGUGAUUCGCUCGAGCGGAUCAGGUCGAGAAAAAGUGGAAUGAGGAGGCAGUCAUCAAAAGACUCCGGCCUUAUAGGACCAGACCCCACCAAGUCACCAGUCCCUUCUCAUAAGCACGAUUCAAAGGAGCACGGGAGAGGCACCACAACUGAUUCUCCAGCUAAAGAGAGGUCUGGAAACUUUCGAGCUCGCAGUCAGGUGAGACAAGUCUCUUUUGACGAGGGCCAAAGACGAAAGUCUUCUCCGUCAUCGCCGAGCGCAAUUCAAACAACUGUCUCUGAGCCGGUGAAAAUGAGGCCACGCCGCAACACUGAGCGCGUUAUGCGAGAUUACAGGCUUUCGUUGCUUGACGUCAAAGCUUUGAAGUGUCUUCUCGAAAAGGUUGAUCUCUUCGAUUCGGAGGUUCGAGAUGCCGUAACGCCGUUGCUUAAGGACGCUGCUCUACCACAAGAAAAAACUCAAGGAGAGCCCACGGAAGGAGAUCAUCUGUCCGAAAAAGUAAUCAUCGACUCGGAAAAAGAAAGCCUGAAAGAGAAGCUUUUUCUCAGCAGAAAAGAGCUCGACUCCUAUAUCUCAUUUUGUAAAAAAAUGGAACGGGAGAAGCGUCAGACUAUUUCAGAAAAAGAGGAUUUGAACACCAAAGUUCAAUGGCUGGACAAACGUUUGACUUUGGUAGAAAGUGAAAACAAGGCUUUGAAAAUAGAGCGGGCUGAACUGUUGAAUCAGAUAUACAAACUCCGUUGUCCCGCGAACGUUCCUGGCGGCGAAAGAGCGCGGACAAAUACAAAAACAUCCAAGGAAAGUGAUGAAUCUCAGGCUGAAGUCGAGGUAUCCAAACAACGAUUAUUGUACGAGGCAGAUGCCUUCGCACAGGAGAGGUCAAAGAUGAUUAAAGAAAGGCAAAGGCUUGACGAGGAGAUCAGGAAAGUGCAAAUACGUUGCGUGUCGUUGCUUGCGCAGUUACAGCAUUCAGAGAAGACGGUAGAUGAACUGCAAAGAGAGAAUGAAGAGAUGAAAGUCAAACUUGAAUCCACGACAACAAGAUUACUUGACGAUCAACGUUUGUUGCAAGAAAAAAUAAAGGACGUUCAAGAUAUUAUCGGAGAAGAAGGAGAGAAGGGUCUCGACAGGCGAAUGUCACAAUUGCUUACACGUGUUAAGCAAACAGAAGAUGAAAAAUACAAUUUAAGCCAAGAGACUUCGACCUUAACCCGAAAAAUUGAUGAUGUAACUCGAGACAAUCGGUUUCUGACGGAGGAAAAACUUAAUUUAGAAUGUGAAGUUAUGUCUCUUCGAGAUUCACUGAAAGCGGACCAAAAAGCCAAAAAUGAAUGCGAGGUAAAACUUGCAGAGGUUGAUACAAAACUACAUCACGUCCAAGCAGAGCUUAGAUUGGCCAAAGACAACUUAAAGGCAUCGGAAAAGCAGCAUGAUGAAUUAGCCUCACAGCUGGAUGAAACGAAUGCCAAAAUGAUCGAUAUGAAACGCAGGGAGGUAGAGCUUGAAUCUGAAAAAGUCGCAUUUCAGAAAUUCAUUGAGAUGCUUUCACUUGAAAUGGAAGAAAGAUUGGGUGAAGAGAUUGUUUCAACCGACGCAGAGGCAAACUCCUUGCAGGAAAAGGCAGAUCUCCUCGGCAAGCAAAUAUCAGCACAUUUGACACCGAGCAGAAAGAUUCAAGAAAAUGUUCAGGAUUUGAAGGAGGAGCUCGAGGAAAUAAAACAAGAGAACAAGGCAUUGAAAUACGCUAUGUCGUGUCGACUUGAAAUCCAAAACAUGCAAGUUACCCAAACCUGUAACUGUAGCAGUGAAAAGGAAAUGAUGAAGCGUGAACUUGAUGAAGCUGCAUCCCUCAUCAAUCAUCUUGAAGAUGAAGUAAAGCGGCUGCAUGAAGACAAGCAAAGCCUCUUAAUGAGUUUCUUGAAUCUGCAGGCAGCCUCGCGGUCUCGCGAGCCGUCCCGCAACGGUACAGAUGGUUCUUCACAAGAUGAAGAUAGCGGCGAUUUAUCAGACACUGAAGAUGAUGAAACUUACGAAGAUGAACACGACAAUGGAGCCGGUUCUGAAAGUGAACUAACCGACGAAGAAGAUGAGAUAAGUGAUGACUAUCAAAGUGACCGAAAAGGAGAAAAUGGCCAGACCCGCCCCUCCCUCAGAAAGGCUCUCUCACUUCCUUCGGAAGCUCUUAGACGGAAGGUUGAGCCCCCUGCAAAACCGAGCACGCCUGAAGAAAUCAUUGCAAAUUUAGAGAGCAAACUGGAAGAAAUGAAGAGGACAAAGGAGGUUUUGGAAGACGAGAGGGUCUCUCUCCUGGAUACUUUGUGUAAACAAGAUAAGCAGGUCUCAGAAUUGAAAGAUGAAAUUGAGCAUCUUGAAGAUGAAUUAGAUCAGUGUCAACCUGCAGAUACAUCCGCAAGUCAGGGAGAAACCUGCGGAAACUGUAUUAAGUCAUCUAAUGAAAUAAGACAGUACUUGAGCAUCAUACAAACACUGACAGAAGACAAACUCAGUUUAGAAAAGUCGCUCUCUGACAUUCGCCGAGAUAAGGAACAGUUGCUUACUGAUAUCGAGACAGUAACCAAAGAGAGGUUCGAAGCACGCUCAGAGCUUUCCUCUCUAAAGACGGAUGCAGACGAACUGUCAACAAAGUAUCAAAAGGAAAUGGAAAGCCUGUUACAAAAUAUGGAAAGUUUAGAACAGGAGAAUAAGACAUUAGAAGAACACUUGCAGAAUAUGCGACAGAAUAAAAUGGAUCUGCUAGAAGAUUUGAAAGUUGCCGAGCAAGAUAGACUAGGAUUGGUUAAGUCGCUUCAGGCAUUGACAAUGGAUAAGGGAAACUCAGAUCGGUGAAUAACCGACUGAUAACCGCUGACCAACAUUGACACAGCUAUGAUUCGCAUUGUUCUUGUCUGGUUCUUGCUUAGCCGGUGAUGUUGCAGCAAAGCCAAUCAUUGUCGAAGACUAUAUUGACAGCACCACCGACCCUUAUAGCUAUGCACAUUAUAACCCCAAAAGGCGCACUCGACGUAGUUUUAGCACUGGGGACAAGCACGGGAAU